UAUUGUUAUCUUCUAAUAUCAUAACCAGUUUAACUCGUCAAAACCAUCUAAUCACAAAAUUGGUUAUAAAUUAUUUUGUUGGGUGUUAAAAGAACACGUGUUGAGUUAAUUUUAAUUAUAAAUAUUUAUUACUAAUUAAAAAAUGGAGCACGACGGAACAAUGGAGUGUCGUGAAUUGGUAGAAUCUAUUAAAACAAUGCAACACCAAAUAUUGUGUUGUCGUUGUGGAACUUUGAUUGAGCCAAAUCCAUCAAAUAUGUGUGUUGCAUGUUUAAGAUCAGAGGUUGAUAUAACUGAGGGUAUUCCCAAACAAGCAACAUUACAUUUUUGUCGUGGUUGUGAAAGAUAUCUUCAACCACCAAAUGAUUGGAUUCAUGCUGCACUUGAAUCACGUGAAUUAUUACAAGUAUGUUUAAAAAAACUUAAAGGUUUACAGCGUGUUAAACUUAUUGAUGCUGGUUUUGUAUGGACAGAACCACAUUCUAAAAGAAUAAGAGUUAAAUUAACAGUACAUGCUGAAGUUGUUGGUGGUACUGUUUUGGAACAAGUAUUUAUUGUUGAAUUUAUUGUUAAUCAUCAAAUGUGUGAUGAUUGUCAUCGUACUGAAGCACAAAAUUAUUGGCGUGCAUCUGUACAAGUACGACAAAAAUCAAUUAAUAAAAAAACAUUUUUUUAUCUUGAGCAACUUAUUCUAAAGCAUAAAGCACAUGAACAAACACUUGGUAUUAAACCAAUUCAUGAAGGUAUUGAUUUUUUUUAUUCAAAUGAAUCUGGUGCAAGAAAAAUGGUUGAUUUUUUAACAUCUGUAUUACCAUGUCGUUAUGAUCAUUCAAAGAAAUUAAUAUCACAUGAUAUUCACAGUAAUAUUUACAACUACAAAUUUACAUACAGUGUUGAAAUUGUACCAAUAUCAAAGGACAGUGUUGUAUGUUUGUCUAAAAAAUUGGCACAUCAACUUGGUGAUAUAAGUCCAGUAGCACUUGUUUACAGAACAACAAAUUCAUUGAAUUUAAUUGACGUAUCAUCUGGUCAAAUUGCUGAUGUUAGUGCAACAGUUUACUGGAGACAUCCAUUCAACAGCAUUUGCAAUCCAAAACAAUUGACUCAGUAUACUGUCAUGGACAUUGAGCCAAUUGUUGCAACAGAAAGAAAAAUAUUUCCAGGCCAAGGUGCCAUUUCACACAAGCAUGUUAUUGCUGAUGUUUGGCUUGUUAAAUCAUCGGAUGUUGGUAUUGAUCAUAACCCAGUUCACACACGUACACAUUUGGGUCAUUUGCUUAAACCUGGUGACGAAGCAUUGGGAUAUGCAGUUGGUGACAGUAAUAUUAAUGAUGCCAACUUUGAUAAGCUAUCAAGCAACGAUGUGCCAGACAUAAUUUUAGUUAAAAAAUUCUAUGGACAUGAUAAAACAGCAAGAAGAAGAGCAAGAAUGUGGAAACUCAAACAUUUAAAUGAAAAUGUCGUUAGCAAUGAUACUGAUAACGAGGAUUACAAUGAAUUUUUGGAUGACAUUGAUGACAGUCCAGAAUUCCGUGAAAAUAUAAAUGUUUAUUUGGAUCCAAAAAGAAGACCUGCUGUUGAUACAAAUGACAUUGAUCCAUGUUUACCAGGUGUUACACUCGAUGAAAUGCUUAAUGAUUUUACUUUUACUGAUGAUUCCGAAAUGACUAUUGCUGAUGAGUGAAAAUUUCGAAUUAUAUUAUAUUCUUCAAAAAAAUCAUUAUAUAAUUUUUUUUUUAAUAAACUCGUUCAAUAAUCCAAUCAA